UGAGAUAUUCUAGAUCUGCCCAUGCUUCCCUUGCCCUUGAGGGUCACACAGAAUAGGCAAGCCCAAAAAUGCAGUGGCUUGCAAGGUUAAGUGGUUUGCCCAAGGCAGCACAGUGAGCUUAUCUUAGGGACAGAAUUUGAAUGGAAUUUGUUACUUUUGAGCCUCGUCAAAUACAUGAUGCAGACUCUCAGUGCCUAGAAAUGACGUCCCUAUCAACACAGCAUAGAGGUUAAAUUGUGGUUUUUGUUCCUUUCACAGUACAAAAAUGUCAAAAGUUCUUAAGAGGAAAAUAAAAGCCCACAUCCUUUUCAUUUUCUUUGUCUCUGUAUAUAAAAGACACAUCAUAGGGCAGAACAUACAGCAGCAAUCAUGGGUUUCCUCCUCACCUUGUCUGUUUCUGCUGCCUUUAUUUUGCUGACAAUUCCUGGAGAUUUGUGUAUGAAUAUCAUUGGAGGACAAGAUGUGAUUCCACAUUCAAAACCAUUUAUGGCCCUAAUUAUGAAUAAGAGAGAAUAUUGUGGAGGAUCUCUGAUUAAAAAAAAUUGGGUGUUAACUGCAGCCCAUUGUCAGACCAAAGGAGCUAAAGUUAUUCUUGGAGCUCAUUCAAUAUCAGAGAAAGAAAAAGAAAAGCAGCGUUUUAAGAUUGCAAAAAGAAUUCCCUACCCAUGCUUUGAUAGUGUAAAUAAAGAAAAUGACCUUAUGCUUCUGCAGCUUAAAGGAAAAGUUAAAAUUAAUAAAGCUGUGAAAACAACUAACCUACCUAACACAGGCACUGAUAUCAAAGCAGGAACAAGGUGCCAAGUAAUUGGAUGGGGAAUCACAAAUAAUCAAAUGAACAAGAUGUCUGAUACCCUGAAGCAGGUUAACAUCACAGUCAUUGACAGAAACACUUGCAAUGACAAGAAACAUUACAAUUUGCAACCUGAAAUAACAAAAAACAUGGUGUGUGCUGGGGACGUGAAUGGAGGAAAGGACUCUUGUUCUGGGGAUUCUGGAGGUCCUCUGAUAUGCAAUGGUGAAUUGAAAGGCAUCACAUCCUUUGGCAGGAAUAGACAGUGUGGUGCUGUCCAAUAUCCUGGCGUCUACACUCUUCUUACUGCCUCCUAUAUUAACUGGAUAAAAAAAACAAUAGGGGGGGACUUGGAAGAUGACUUUUUUGCUGACUGAUUUUCUCUGCCUCUGCCAUUCAGUUAUGUGUAGCAAAUUUUUAACUAUGUUUGAAAGAUGCAAUCAUUAGGAAGUGGUAUUUCCACACUAAGCCUCUCUGGUGGCUACUAUGUUUCCUAUCAGAAUUUGAUUUCAUAUGUCUUUAUUCUGCAUUGGCAUGACCUUACCCUGAGCCCAAAACGAGUACAGUACAGUGUUCUGCAAUCACAGUAUGUAUGGCCUGUGGUCUUAGUCACUCAGUCAUGGCUCAAGAGAGGGUGAUUCCUCCACUCCUACAAACCAAAUUUACCUUGAGGUUCCUAUGGGUAUGAAGGGUUUCAGCAUUAAGGACCCAGUCCAACUCCCAUUAAUCCAGAUUGCAUGGCAUUGGAAGCCAACUGCAGAUUGCAGUCAACUGUACCUUCCUCUAUCUUGAUUUUUGUAAAAACCUCUUGCAUUUCUGGAGACACUGGGAAUUACCCCAGAAAACUUGAAAAACUGCUGGCUUCUCUUCUUUCACUGCUGGCUCCUCUUCUUCUCCUGAUUCUCUCCCUAAAAUCCAUAUGAGGAGGUUAUUAGGUCAGCAGCCUCCAGAUAUGUAGUUUCAAAGAUUUUUGCUGGACAAUGUAAUAGACCAAAGGGUCUAAUAAUUUUAUAUUUCCUUUCUUUGAUAGAUUCAGCAUUUCAAACAUAUGACUGUAUUAAAGUAUUUUGCAUUAAAAAAAAAAAGAAUGGCAAUAAAGUUUAUGGUUUAAGCAUGUAAUUUUGUGGAACACUGUUUCUCCCAGUUCAGAUAGGAUGUGGAAUCAGUAAUAUGCUGAACAUGAACAAUAUUGCAAACUGCAUCAAGACAUAUUUUUGGUUAUAAAAGACUUUAUAGUAAAGAAUCAAUGGAAAAUGCUAUACAUGAGCCUGAAGUGAAAGGAGAGAUGCUCUCUCUCUUUUGGCAAAAUAUUUGUACAAUAC